AUGAGUAUCCCAGCCCCUCCCCCGCAAUCGGACUCCGAAUCCCACUUUCACUUCACAACAGUCCCGGGCAUCUUCCUGCAGGACGACCCAGCGACAGACCCAGACACAUUCGACUAUGUCUCCACAAACUUCGGCCUGAUCUCCCACACCUAUCCCUCCGACGAGACCCUCGAUCCAGCGAGCCCGAAAACUCAAUGGCAGCGUCUAGCACACUAUAUUGAGACUUUGAACGCCUAUUCCCCACCAGAGACAAGUUACAGACUCCUCUUCCUCGGCCGCCACGGUCAGGGUUUGCACAAUGUCGCCGAGGCGCGGUAUGGGACUGUCAUGUGGGAUUGCCGCUACUCCCUCCUCGACGGCGACGAAACAGGAACCUGGUUCGACGCCCACCUGACAGAUCUCGGAAUCGAGCAGGCGCGCACAGCACACAACGCAUGGAAGACACAGAUCGCACAUGGGAUUCCACCGCCGCAGUCGUACUAUGUCUCGCCGCUCAUGCGCUGCUGCGAGACGGCAAGGGUUACCUUUGAGGGCGUGGGGUUGCCCGGGACAGAGCCGUUUCGGCCGGUUGUUAAGGAGCUCCUCCGCGAAACCCUCGGCCUACACACCUGCGACGCGCGCUCCCCGAAAUCCGCCAUAGCGAAGGCCUAUCCGCUCUACAUCUUCGAAGAAGGCUUCAGCGAAGAGGACCCAUUGCAUUCCGCCACGCUCCGCGAAUCCGACUCUGCGCGCGACGCACGGUUCUUCGAAUUCCUGAGCGAUGUCUUUGCAACGGAUAGCAACAGUAUCCUCUCGCUGACGGCGCAUUCGGGCGCUAUCACGAGUAUACUCAACGUGGUUGGGCAUAGGGUGUUUAAGCUUGAGACUGGGGGUGUUAUUCCGGUUCUGGUCAAGGUGGAGAAGAGGGAGGGGAAAGCGCCCGAAAGGGUUGUUGAGCCGUGGUUUGGGAGGCCGUUUUGUCCUGGGGAGUGA